CAACUCCUGGAUGAUUACCCAAAAUGUUUCAUCGUGGGAGCAGACAACGUGGGAUCCAAGCAGAUGCAGCAAAUCCGGAUGUCCCUGCGCGGGAAGGCUGUUGUAUUGAUGGGGAAGAACACGAUGAUGCGCAAAGCCAUUCGUGGUCAUCUGGAGAACAACCCUGCCUUAGAGAAGCUGCUGCCUCACAUCCGCGGGAACGUGGGCUUUGUCUUCACUAAGGAGGAUCUGACUGAGAUCCGGGACAUGCUGCUGGCUAACAAGGUGCCAGCUGCCGCCCGUGCAGGUGCCAUUGCUCCUUGUGAUGUGACGGUGCCGGCCCAGAACACUGGUCUGGGACCUGAGAAGACCUCCUUUUUCCAGGCCUUGGGCAUCACCACGAAGAUCUCCAGAGGGACCAUUGAAAUUCUGAGCGACGUGCAGCUCAUCAAGACGGGAGACAAAGUGGGUGAUUUUUUGAACAUGCUGAACAUCUCCCCCUUCUCUUUCGGGCUGGUGAUCCAGCAGGUCUUUGACAAUGGCAGCAUUUACAAUCCCGAAGUGCUGGACAUCACCGAGGAGACCUUGCACAAGCGCUUCCUGGAGGGUGUUCGUAAUGUUGCCAGCGUCUGUCUGCAGAUCGGGUACCCGACCAUUGCUUCUGUGCCCCACUCCAUCAUCAACGGGUACAAGCGGGUCCUAGCCGUGGCGGUGGAGACGGACUACACCUUCCCGCUGGCUGAAAAGGUAACGGCUCCGCCUGAUGUGCGCUAA